AUGGUGGUCGAGGGCUCCGGCAUGUCCGACGUGCCUCUUAAGAGCGCGCUUCCGCGGAAGAGCGCCUUCUCCUGUGAAGCUUGUCGCAAGCGCAAGUCCGUCGUGUUCGCGAUGCGCCGCUCGAGGCGAGACUUGCGUCUACAGCUUCUUGAGACCAGAGUCGCCCAGCUCGAAGAUGCUCUUACCAAGCUCCGUGGCCAACAGGCCGAUGCGGAGGCACGCAAGGGGAGCUCUCCGGCAUCGGUGGCGGAAUCUAGCUCGAGCGCCGGCCGUAAAAUUAAACUCGAAAACGAUGACACGCAGGAUUUGGCUCGCGAAUUCGAUGGCUUGAAUGUGGAAACUGACGGUCGCAUCUCCUUUCAUGGACCGACCAGUUUAUUCCAGCUCCCCAGCGGAGUGGUGAGUGAGACGGCAUCGACGACUCAUGUGGUUCAGGAGCUGGAGGCGCGUAAGGAGCGACUGAUCAACAGCGCAUGGCGGGAACGGGCAUUCGAGCAGAUGGCGGCAAUGCCGGAGCCAUUCCAAUACUUGCUUGAUUCCCACUGGUGUUGGAUUCAGCCAUUGUUCAACUUUGUCUAUCGCCCGGCCUUCACCCGUGAUAUGAAAAUCCAGGGUCCAUACUACUCAGAUGUCUUGAUGAACGCCGUCCUCUCCCAUUCCGUCCGUUGGUGCAAGGCAGAGCCCCAGAUCGGCCCGCUUCUGGACUCAUUCGAAGGCGGCGCUCAGUUCUACCAACGUGCAGUGUCAGGGCUCUUCGAGUCGCUCAAGACCGGCUAUGCCAGUGUACCGACCAUCCAGACGCUACUGCUCCUCAGUGCGCAAGAAUGUGGAAAGGGUAACCGGACGCAAGCCUGGCUGUAUAGUGGCAUGGCAUUCCGGGUUCUGGAUGAUCUGGGAAUCUCGAUCGAUAGUCGCAAAUAUCUCGGUGCCGCCCAGUUGAGUGACGAGGAUAUUGAGAUUCGGAACCGUCUUUUCUGGAGCUGCUAUUUCUGGGAUAAGAUCGUGUCUUUGUACUUCGGACGGGCGCCGACGAUGCAACAUUCUCGCGUCAGCCCACCCCGCAUGAUACUGGAUGACACUUCUGAGAUCGAAAUCUGGACUCCUCACGGUGUCACAUUCCCGGAUGGAGCUCACUAUCCCCCUACACAGGCUCAUUCGACCUCGUGCUUCAUUCAGAUGUGCGGCCUUGCCGAGAUCUUGAAUCAAAUCUUGAUCCACAUAUACGAUCCCAUGCGGCAAAGUACCGAAGCGGAGUUCUUUGACUGCGUCCAGGAACAAGCCAAGAACUUGAGUGACUGGUGGGAUGAACUCCCCGAUUACUUGAAGCUUGUGGCAACGGAUCUACCCUCGUAUUCCCCUCCGAGCCACAUCAUGACUCUAAACUGCUUGUAUCACACGGUCAAUAUCCUUCUUCAUCGUCCUAUUCUCUGCUCUCGUGGCUUGUUGAAGACCCGACAAGAGCCAUACGACAAGAGUCAUCUUGUUCAAUGUAUGGCCUCAGCAACCUCAAUCCUAUCUCUCUUCGACCUAUAUCGCCGCACUUUCGGCGACAAUCACGUCGUCCUAUCUCUGGCCUACAGCAUCUACACGGCAGCAUCCAUCUUCCUUCUGGAGAUCCAGGCCCUCAAGUAUGCUGCCCCAGGAACUUUGGACAAGCUCAAGUUCUGUAUAUUCGCACUCGAGCGCAUCAAGGGAUCCAAUCCCGUCAUCACCACCGCCCUCAGCCUCGUCUACCAAGAAGUUCAAAAGCUUCAAAUCGACAUCCACCUCCCGAUGCCGGCCCAACCUCCAAACACCAACCAACAACAGCCACCAUCCCAACCUCACCCUCAACCACCUCACCCCACUCAACAAAGCCAAUCUCCUCCCGUCAGCAGCAUUCCCUCUCGCCACGUCUCCCCAGGAAACCCGCAUCAACACCAGCGCCAGCAAAGCCGCGCAACAAUAGGUACACAACCCGGCACAUCCGGACCGAGUGCAAGCGCCUCCAUGAUCCCCGAAUACAACACAUUCCAACAACCGGUCGCCGGAUUCGACCUGUCUCAUAUGGGCGAUAUGCCACAGAUGCCACCAACCCAUUUACUCGGCGGCAUGCCCAAUGCAUUGAUGACGGUCGAUGACCCAGGUGCAUACGAGAUUACGCCAGAGGUAUUUGAGGCGUUUUCCUAUGCGCAGCCGAUGUCUACUACUAUGACCUCCUCAUUUGAGGGUGGCUGGACGGGUCAUGCCCAAUGA